AUGGCAAACAAGCGGCGAAAGGGCUGGCAGCUUCCGAAAGACUCAGAUGAGGAAGAAGUCACCCGCAACACAAGUGGGGCUUUGAAGAAACGUAUGAGAGCGCCUGUCGCCACUUUUGCAAAGAAGCCCAGAACAAUUGUAACCGAAGACAAGACGGACGAGCCAGAACUGUCGAAGAGCUUGAAAGCUUGCAAGAUGCACACACUUCUGAGCCGCCGUCACCAGUUUGGCACAUUCUCCAGUGCAGAUCCCAACGCCACCGCACAGGUAGUACCUUCGCCGAAAGAUGGUGACAGCGAUGAGGACGAUGAGGAUGAUGACGACGAUACCUACGAUGACGGCGAUGAGCGCGAGGGUGAGGACGAGCGUACACCAAAGAUUACCAGCAAGCAGUCGACAUGGGGAGCUCCAGUCAUGAAUGACAAGAGCAGGACUGGAGAUCACGGUGUCCCUGACCCUACGGCAGGCUAUGGACAACAUGCAGCGAAGCGUUUCCGGGAUAUGGUAGACUUAACUGCGAAUAGCGAGGAUGACGCUGCUGUCAAAGCCCUCACACCAUCGAAAUCACGCAAUAGCAGUUUCAAGGUCAAGAGACGAAGAACGGCGAGGUCAGCAGUGGAUGGUAAGGCUGUCGAAAAGCAGUUCGUGCCCCCAAAGGAUCUGCAAUACAUCUCAGCCGUGUAUGACUGA